UUACCAGCAGUGGCAUGUGGCGUGUUUGUGAGUGUGUUCAUUGUGCCUGGUGGUGUGAUAGGUGGGAGUGUUGAUGCUUCAGUGAUGCAGUAGAUAGUUGUGGAAAGCAUCAUAGUGUUGUGGUGGUGUGGGCAGCUUCUGGUUGUGAAAGUGGUGAAAUACCUUGUGGAAAAGUGGUGUUGUAGGAGGAGUGAUGGAUGAUGAUGUUGAGUGGGUGAUUGAAAUAGUUAAAAAAUGAAACCAUUGCAGUGUGUUGGGUAUUGUAUGUACUGCAUGACAUAUUGAUACAAAAUGAAGGAAAAAUGACAGAAAAACAAGUGAAAAGAGGAGCAUAGGAAUACAAAAUCAAGAAAAAGCACAAGAAAACAAUUGAAAGUCAUUACAUACAUGGAAAAACAAGUGAAAAAGCGAAAAAAAUGCCAUACAGAUAAAAAAAAAAGGACAAGCAAAAAUAACAGCAUGCACUCCCUACAAAUGAAAUAGUGAAUUAAAAUACUACAUAAAUACUGAAAAAAAACUGCACAACACUCCUCGAUCAUGAGUCGCAGGAUAAUAGUGAAGAAAAGACUGACUGACCUGCAUGAACUGGAGGAGAAUCUGAAGCAUGUCCCUCCCAGCACCCCUGACCCCAGCAGCAGCAGCAGCAGCAGCAGGGAGGACAAGGUGAGGACCUCCCUUGCACCCGUCCCACUCUUACCACCCACUGCUUUGAAUACUGGACAGGGACAGGGACAGGGGCAGGAUGGCAGUUCAACCACCACCCUAGAAGAGACACCAACAAGAGGACGCUCAUACAUGCCUCCUACAAGAGUUUCUGUACUAAAUUCUUUAAGUUCGACACACAAGUUGCUAAAGGGGAAUGACACCUUGGCAUCACGCAAGGCCCCCACACCUGUACAUCUUAGGUCCAAGUCCCCAUCACACCUCAGCAGGGCCUCUGCAGGUGUGUAUGUCUCCCUGAAUCAGUCUCCUGGUGCUCCGAAACCCCCUGCCCGGCACCACAAGUCUCCAUCAUCACUCACUAACAAGUCCCUGUCAGUCAGCAAGACCUCCAGUGCUGCCAGGAGUGAGGUGACCCCCACCAAGGCUCCGGCUCAAAGCACCAAGAAUGUUGUGUCUGGAAAGGAGGUGCUCACUGCUGAGAGUCCAAGGAAGCUGAAAAAGGUAUGUGAUCCUAGUACCAGGUGGGGACAAGGAACAAGGUUGCGGGGGGUGAAGUUGGAGAGAGUGCUGGGCCUGACGGUGCCGAGCAAUGCCGCCCUGGACUGUGAUCCCCACUCCGGCCAGGUGGCCUACCCCGCGGGGUGCACGGUGGUUCUUCUCAAUUCCCGCAAGAACCGCCAGCACCACGUCCAGAAUGCCUCACGCAAGACCAUCACCUGCGUGGCCUUCUCCCCGUGCGGCCGCUACCUCGCCACAGGGGAAUGUGGCCACCAGCCCUCCGUCAGGGUGUGGGAUCUCGCCGACAGGACCCAGAUGGCGGAGUUCCAGGGGCACAAGUACGGCGUCUCCUGCGUGGCAUUCUCACCCACGCAGAAGUACGUGGUGUCGGUGGGGUCCCAGCACGACAUGAUAGUGAACGUGUGGGACUGGCGGGGCGGCGUCAAGGUGGCCUCCAACAAGUUCUCCAGCAAGGUGAAGGCCAUCAGCUUCGCGGAGAACGGCUCCUACUUCGUCACCGUCGGGAAUCGCCACGUCAAGUUUUGGUACCUGGAGGUGGCGCGCGGAUGCAAGUUUAAGGAGCCAGUUCCCCUCACUGGGAGGUCUGCCAUCCUUGGGGAGCAGCGCAACAACUACUUUUGUGACGUUGCUUGUGGCCGAGGAGACAUGGGAGACUCCACCUUUGCCAUCACCAAGUCUGGCCUCCUAUGUGAGUUCAACAACAGGAGGCUGCUGGACAAGUGGGUGGAGCUGAGGACCCCAAGUGCCAACUGCCUGGUGGCCGGUGAGAACUACAUCUUUGUUGGGUGUGCUGAGGGCAUCGUGCGCUGCUUCAGUCCCUACAACCUUCAGUUUGUGACCACCCUUCCCCGCACACACUACCUGGGGGUGGAUGUCUCCAAGGGGUUGACCAUUAGCCACAUGGCCACUCACCCUAACAAUGCCAAGUACCCGGACACCAUUGCCAUCGCCUAUGACGAGAACAACCACAAGGUGACGGCCGUGUACAACGACCAUUCCAUGUAUGUGUGGGAUGUGAAGGACAUUAAGCGGGUUGGAAAGUCACACUCGUACCUGUACCACUCUGCCUGCAUCUGGGGUGUGGAGACGUACCCACCACCGGGAGAGGGAGUGAAGGCUCUGCUUCCUCCUGGCUCCUUCAUCACCUGCUCCUCCGAUGACACCAUUCGAGUGUGGAAUAUUGAUCCCUCCAUGUCCCCCAACACGCUGUACAAGAGGAACAUCUACAGCAAUGAGCUCCUCAAAACCCUGUAUGUGGACCCUGAGCUGGGUUUCAUCAAGGACACAGACAUCAGCCCCCAGGGAGGCGACAGGAAUGACACCUCCUACGACUCCCGGAAUGGCGUACGCUGCAUCCGUGUCAGUCCAGAUGGCAAGCACCUGGCCUCUGGGGACCGGGCAGGCAACAUCAGGGUUCACGAGCUCCAGUUUUUGGAUGAGCUAUGCAAGAUUGAAGCUCAUGAUGCAGAGGUGCUGUGCCUCGAGUACUGCCGGCCAGAGACUGGACACAAGUUCCUCGCUUCCGCCUCCCGGGACAGGCUGAUCCACGUGUUUGCUGUGGACCAGGAUUACAGCUUCGUGCAGACCUUGGACGACCACUCCUCAGCCAUCACAUCAGUGAGAUUCUACCAGGGCCAGAGCUCCCUGCAGAUGGUGUCUUGUAGUGCAGACAGAUCCAUCAUAUUCCGAAGUGCCACCAUGAAUCCCCAGAAUGAGCUUUGGUUCUCUCGAGGCCACAACAUUGCUGGGAAAACAACCUUAUAUGACAUGGAGGUGGACCAUGGCCAGCGCCACAUCCUCACUGCCUGUCAGGACCGCAACAUCCGUGUCUACAACGUGUCAUCUGGGAAGCACUCCAAGACCUUCAAGGGCUCCAUUGGGGAUGAUGGAACACUAAUUAAGGUUGUGCUGGACCAGAGUGGAAUCUAUGCAGCCACCAGUUGUACUGACAAGAACAUGUGUAUAUAUGACUACUACUCUGGGGAGUGUAUGGCCACCAUGUACGGACACUCAGAGCUGGUGACUGGCCUGCGUUUCACUGCUGAUGGCCGUCACCUCAUCACUGUGUCAGGGGAUGGCUGCAUAUUUGUGUGGAGAAUGCCUCAUGACAUGACCCAGACCAUGAUGGCCCGGCUGGCCCAGCAGGCUGAGAGGGCUGCCAAGGACAAGAGGAAAGUGCCCAGACAACCCAUUGACAAUGAGGACUUCAGGCAAGGCUCAGAGAACAUCUUUGACCAGAAUGCCAAUGAGCCAGAAGAGCCAGACUACAGAUUCAGCAUGGGUCAGCUUCCCCUGUGGGCCAAGAAGCAGAUGACAGAGCCACAGGGGCCUGGGAAUGGGGCAGGGGACAGGGGUGGAGUGGACAUGCCCAAGGGACGGUGGGCACAGCGACUGCACAACAAUGCCAUCACCUUCAAGAGUCACUAUGACACAGACUCAGUCAUUCCCUUCCCAGCCAGAGACAAACGUCAUCCUGACUCAGAGUCAAGCAAAGACAGUUCAUUGGAGGAGAAUGUUGGGGUACACAAACAGUACCUGGCAGGGCCUCGCAAGGAGAACCACAUGCUCCCCAACAAGCAGGAGGCCAGUGCAGUUGCUGACUUUGUGCCUUGUCCAGACAGUUUAAAAGAGAUUAUUUCUGGGGAGAAAAUUUUUAAGGGAGCCUCCAAGGUCAACACCAAGAGGGGAGGAGACUCUGACAGCCGCAACCGCCAUCACACGGAUGACAGUGACGUGAGCAGCCUGCGGGUGGAUGGCGGUACGACGGACCACGAUGGGGACAUUGAGGAUUGCAGCGAGCAUGACGAUGAAAGCACUGAGCCAGAGCACUCAGAGCACCUCAUGUACUAUCCCCACAAUGAUGAUACUGCAAGUGACUUCACCGUCAAUGCCAUGGAUGUGGAAGAGCUGCGGCGAUCACAGCGGCGCCACAGGAAGGCUCGACCUGAGAGACCAACAGACAUCCCCCUCAUGUCCGUCUCUGGCUCUCAGGACUCAGAUGACGAUGAUGAGGUUUCCACACCAAGUGCUGACACGGCUGAACGUAAUAUCAUGUCCAUGCUGAACGUGAGCACUGAGAGCAUUGACCGUGUGGGGCGGCGCGAGAACUUCCUCAAGACCAACUUUGAAUCCCUGGAAGGAGAGACAACGCGGCCUGAGAAGGAAAUCAAGAACAAGAACAGUAUAUCCUACAAGUUCAAUGCAAGAAAUAAGGAUACACAAAUAUCAAAUAAGAGAGAAGAGUUAAUGAAGAGAAUUGAAGAAACGAAAAAGAAGCUUCAGAGUAUUGGAUACAAAUCAAAUCUAAGGAACAGCAAGAGUAUCUCAGAUCUGAGCAACAUUCCAGAGAAAGAUACAUCUUAUGUGUCUGGAAACCAAGAUGGUGGGAGUGGCGACAGUGGCUUCAGCAGCAGCCAUGGUGGUGGCGGUGGUGGGUUGCGGCGUGCGUGUUCCCUCAGUGACCUCACCAACCCCGGGGCACCGCGACGCCUCCUCCCAACACCACCCUCGGCUGGAGCAAAAAAGAGCGGCACCAAGAACAAGUCACCUGGACGUUCUUACUCCUCAUCCCUGUCCCGCUCCAGCUCCAUUGGGGUGUUGAACCAGACUGGUGAGGACAACAACCGAGGGGAGCGCACAAUGAGACCCACCAUCUCCUCCAUGAACAAAAUGACCCCAAGAGCUCUGAAGAGGAAGGCUUCCCUCUCCCAGGCUGUGUCAACAGGUGACAUCCGACAGUUCCACGAAGACUCCAGCUCAGAGGACACGUCUCCCUCUGACCACAAGAACACACGGAGCCGCUCACAUGGUGGAGACAGGCGGAGCAAUCUUCCCAUUCGUGCUGUGAGUGAGCGUGACCUCACCCGCAGCAACAGUCUGUCGGGCAAGAGCCGAGGGGAGUCCGUCCGGGGCCGCUACGCCUCUGCUGCCUCGCCCUCCUCCAAGCGCCUGCCAUCCUCAGACAUGAGUCGCCCAUCCUCUGCCGCUUCCACAGUGGACAUGAGCCCUGAGGAAUACCCAACACGGGAUGAGUUUUCCUACGUGGACCUGGAUAACAUGCCAUUAACAGUGGGAGUGGUGGAGAGUGUGUGUGAGUGGGUGGUGGAGGGGUGUGAGAAGCUGAGUCAGCUGUGGUGGCGGGCCUGCAGUGAAGGAGGCGGGGAAGAGGACCACCACCGGGCCCUGCGCUCCCUCCUGCUGGGUGCUGCUGCCAGAGCCACUCAUGCCCUCACCCCCCUCACUGCCCCCAAUGCCACCCCAGCACAAGGACUCAUGCCGCCAGCAGCAGCCCCACCCCAGCCCUCACAGUCUGGGGCAGACAGCAAGGACCCCCGGAUGGUGGCCAUGAUGCAGCAGUACACAGACAUUCUGGUCAACAUGGUGCAGCAGAAGAUGGCAUCCCACCAGCCACCACCCCCGGGCCCUGCAUGAUCUGUCCCUGUGCUUAGUCAAAACAGUCCAAACCUCAGAUAGUCAUAUGUUAUGGUUUAGCCAGAAUUGUGUAUAUAUUAUUUAAAUGAUGACAAAGCUUAUGGGUUAGAUGAUCUUCUAAGCCCCAUUUUUUUUAUUGAGUUGCAAGGCUGUGCAUUUUUUUCAUUUGAUUUUUUCUUUCUUUUUAUGCAGUUUUAAUUAAGAUUCUUGUGGUCAUUGAAGUUUUUCAUGUGAUAUCGGGAAUCAGCUUUGUUGAUGAACAGAGUCUUUCCGUUAUGGUUCAUACCAUCAUAGUUUUGUGUGUCUUCAUCUGUGAGCUGUAUGUCCCGAGCCAUGUGACAGGUUCUGUGCAGGGCAAAAGUUUGUCAAAAGCUUAGUUUUGUCCAGUUUGCUGCCAAAGCUCUCAUGACUGCUGUGUCAACUGUGACAUUCUCCUGCCAUGAAAUUCAUUGGUUUUGAUUUGUGUAAAGAUGUUUUAUAAGCGCUGAAUGUACUAGGUGUGUAAGAUUUUUUAAUAUGAUAAUGAUCAGUAAUAUUGGAAGUGAUUAACCAAAUGCAUUGUGAUGUGUACAAAGUGGUUGUCAGGUACAAGUGGUUUGUUGAUGCAGGAAGCAGACCCCCACCCACCAUGGCACUCAGGCUGCCUCAAUGCAGCAAGCAGGCCAGCAACACCGCGCCACACUCACUGUUGGGUUGGCCAGAAAUAUUAUGGAUUUUUGCGUUUCAUUUUAACCGCAUGAUGUUUUUUACAGUAAUAUAAUUUUGCUAUUAACUUCUCUAACUUGUCAUUUACAUUUUGUCAGAUAUGGUGAAGGCUUAUUGCUGAUUGGGUUAGCUGAUUUACCUAUGUUUUAGACUCAUGUUUUUAUAUACUCUUACUGCUAUGGACACUCCCUGGUCAAGUCAUUAAAUUUGCGUGGCACUUUGGAAGCUGAUUUUGUUUCCAGCCAUUUUGGAACUAUACAUAUAUAUAUAUCCCUAGUUAAUAGCGUACAAUAGAAAUUUGAACCCAUAUGUAUUUUAGUGUUAGUAAUCCAUUUAGUUUACUCUUGCCUUGAAUUUUUAAAUGUCAGUAACUGUUUUUUAAAUUGUGCAAAUGGAGAGAUUUCUGAUCAAGUUGUCGGUGUGAGAAGCCGUAAUGAAGUGUCAUUGCAUAAACCUCAAGACCAGAGAGGUGGGCAGACUAGGUAUUGCCAGUGGAGGGUGCAGCUGCUUGCCUGUGUUUACUUCCACUCAUUAAUACCAAAAAAUAUUGUGUUGCUCAGUCAUCUGCACUGAAGCUGUGCAUUCUUUUGCAAAGGUCAUUGUGUCUAUUUAUCAGUUUUUUUAAUAUUAGGAAAAAAAUAGUUUGAUUUCAUUCUUAUCUUUUCCAGAAAAAAAAGUAGCAUUGAAAAAAGGAAAGAUAUUCUGAUGUAUAAUGUGAAAAUACAUUUUGUCAUCAGCAGAAGAAUGGUUUGUAAACAGUAUGUUACUGUACAAAGUAUUACUAGUUUGCUCUUUGAAGAAAUAUCUUGUGGUGGGAUGACUGUGCCCACCCUUGAUUCUACAUUAUCAAAUGAGAGGAUAGAGAUUUUGAUAGGAGCUUCUUGGUAGUGUGUCUAUAAUUAGUGCUAAAAGUGUAUUUUAAUUCAAAUCACAUUCUGUAUUAUGAGGUAGGCAAAAACAUUUGUAUUGCUGUUCCGUGAAGAGCGAGAGUGUUUGAUGACAGCGUUAGGACAUCACGCAUCACGUAGUGUUGUGGAGGCUUGUGUGUGUUUGGUCUCAAAUGUAGCAUUAAGCCUCAUCCCUGGUGAAGGGUGGGCUGAGAGCAGUGACCUGUCUUUACCGGCUCCAAACCUGCACAUCAUGCACAUGCUCAGAAAGAGUAGUACUGAGCUAGGUUAAGUCAAGUCAUUAUCCACAAGGGUGCCACGAGGUGCCAAGCUGAGAGGUGUGCCAAACCCUAGCCAUGCCUACUAGGGAGUGUAUAGUUGUAUUAUAGUGUAAAUUAUAAUUAUCUCAAACAUCAUUCCCUUGCUUGGGGAAGGCCUCAAAGUGCAGGCCGGUGCAGGACCCCGUAGGUCCUGGCCCCCGCAGGAUGCUGUCUUCCCCCUUGGCUGUUAGCAUUAUUGCCUUCCACUAGUGCAAUUGUCCUCCAUUCUUCAUUAGGGUAUCAAGACACUGCUGUUGAACAGUAUUGUCUUCUCUGUGCUCAUGGAUAUCCGGGUAAGUAUCUGCCAAAUGAAAUCUCAUUCCUUGAUAAACUCUUGUUUCAUGAAAAUUCUUUUUUAAACAUAAUAAAUAUAACAUGAAAGCUAU